GUGGUGCUGCUGCUGUGCAGGAGUUAUCUUCAGCCCGGAGGCUUCCACGCUUUCUGGUCCACCUGAGCACCGCCACCCCUAUGCUCCCUCGGACUGACUGGGGCCUUGCUGGGCAGAGCGAGUGCCUCCUUUAAAGGUGCUCCGUGGACUCCUUCCUCUCUGGCUUUCAUGGAUCUGAGACGGCCCCUGCUGCUUUUCUGGUGCACGCUGACGGUGGCCUGCCUGGCCCUCCUGGGCAGAGAGGUGCUCGGCCAGCACGUCUACACCAACACCUGGGCGGUGCUGGUGCCUGCAGGGCCGCAGGAAGCUGAGCGGAUGGCCAGGAAGCAUGGGUUCAGGAACCUGGGUCCGGUCAUUGGAGAUUAUUACCUCUUCUCCCACCGGGCAGUGGCGAAGCGCUCUCUCUCACCCCACCGUUCCUGGCACACCGCCUUGAAGAGGGAGCCGCAGGUGCACUGGCUGGAACAGCAGGUGGCAAAACGCAGGACAAAACGGGAUGUAUUUCUGGAGCCCACAGAUCCUAAAUUCCCUCAACAGUGGUACCUGUCCAACGGGAACCGGAGAGAUCUGAAUGUGGAAGAGGCCUGGCAACAGGGCUACACGGGCCGUGGCAUCGUAGUGUCCAUUUUGGAUGACGGCAUUGAGAAGAACCACCCAGAUCUAGAAGCCAACUACGACCCGGCAGCCAGCUUUGACGUGAAUGACCAAGACUCUGACCCUCAGCCGCGCUACACGCAAAUGAACGACAACAGGCAUGGCACACGGUGUGCGGGGGAGGUAGCGGCCGUGGCCAACAAUGGCAUUUGUGGCGUGGGCGUGGCGUACAAUGCCAGAAUUGGAGGUGUCCGGAUGUUGGACGGGGAAGUGACGGAUUCUGUGGAAGCCCGCUCGCUGGGCCUGAACCCCAACCACAUUCACAUCUACAGCGCCAGCUGGGGCCCUGAGGAUGAUGGCAAGACGGUGGAUGGCCCAGCCCGGUUGGCUGAGGAGGCCUUUUACCGAGGGGUCAGCCAGGGCCGCAACGGGCUGGGCUCCAUCUUCGUCUGGGCCUCUGGGAACGGCGGCCGGGAGCAUGACAGCUGCAACUGCGACGGCUACACAAACAGCAUCUACACGCUCUCCAUCAGCAGCACCACCCAGUAUGGCAAUGUUCCCUGGUACAGCGAGGCCUGCUCCUCCACCCUGGCCACGACCUACAGCAGCGGCAGCCAAAACGAGAAGCAGAUUGUGACCACUGACCUCCGGCAGAAGUGCACAGAAUCACACACGGGGACCUCUGCGUCUGCCCCCUUGGCCGCUGGAAUCAUCGCGCUUGCUCUGGAGGCCAACAAGAACCUGACCUGGCGGGACAUGCAGCAUCUCGUGGUUCGGACCUCCAAACCUGCCCACCUCAACACGAAUGACUGGGCCACCAACGGGGUGGGUCGGAAAGUCAGCCACUCCUAUGGCUACGGCCUCCUGGAUGCUGGAGCUAUGGUGGCCCUGGCCAAGAACUGGACCUCGGUGGGACCUCAGAGGAAGUGCAUCAUUGACAUUCUCACAGAACCAAAGUACGUCCCAAGUGGGGAGAGGGAAGGGUCGGGAGCUGAGAAGCCUGUCUUCUUAGUUCAGCCUUCUGUGUCAGUGACGGGGCUCCAUUUUCAGAGGCUGGAACCGGCUUGGGAGGCCGGGCUUCUUGAGGCGUGGCCUACGGGCGUGGAUUUGUAUACGCCAUUUCAUUUUGUGCCCUGAGUGCGUCUCUUCUCC